AUGCUCUUCACCGAUCCAGUCGUAGUGUUCUGGGCGUGUCUGACCACUUGCGUACUUGGAUUCUUGCGACUCUAUUCUUCGUGGCUGAAGAACCCUCUCAAACACAUCCCAGGGCCAUGGUACACCCGCGUCACGCACUACGUGCUCAAAUGGCAAAGCACGAUCGGCCGACGAAUGUAUUACAUUCACUCGCUCCACGAAAGAUACGGUACCGUCGUGCGAAUCUCGCCCCAUCAAGUGGCAGUCUCUGAUCCCGAGGGCUUCGUCGCAAUCCACCGCAUCGGGUCCGGCUUCCUAAAGUCACCAUGGUAUGAGGAUUUGGUUAGUGAUUCAGGCGUCGGGAUUGGUGUCUUUGCAACGAUAGACCCAACGAGACACGCAGCACGACGGAAAAUUUUCUCCCGCGCCUUCUCGACUACGAGCCUUCGCCAGAACUGCGAGGUUGUAGUGAGAGAGAAGGUGGCAAAGGCCGUUCACCGGAUCAAGGGCGAGGCCCUCCACGGAUCCUCCGAUAUACUUCAUUGGUGGAUGCUCAUGACUUCGGAUGUGAUUGGCCAGCUAUGCUUUGGGGAAUCUUUCGAGCUUCUAGAAUCCGGCAAGAAGAAUGAAUACAUCGACACGUUUCAAAUGGCCGGUCUAGGCAGUUUUCUGAAGUACGAGCUUCCAUGGAUUUACGCAAUCUCCCAAUAUAUCCCGCUCAAGUCACUUCAACGACUCUUGAACGCUGGAAAGUCGAUCCGUGCAUAUGGCGGUCGAGCUGUUGAGAACCUGAAGAAACAUCGCGACAACAAGGCAAAUCUCUUUGCCAAUGCCCUAGCGGAGUGCGAUGCCGGAGAGAAAGCUAAUCUCACAGAGGAAGACAUCGAAAUCGAGGCGUCCAGUUUGAUCUUUGCCGGUUCAGACACAACGUCGUCUACUCUCACGUACCUUAUUUGGGCCGUUCUAAAAAAGCCUGAUCUCCAAGCUCGCUUGGAAGCGGAAGUCGCUGUAGUUGAUGAGGUUAAUCUUUUCAAUGAUGCGUUUCUGGAGAAGCUCCCUCUCCUUAACGCUGUUGUGGACGAGACUCUCCGUCUCUACGGCAGCAUUCCAAGCAACUUGCCACGAGUCGUCCCAUCCCGAGGCGCCACGUUCGGAGACUACCAUGUUCCGGGAGGCUUUGAAGUAGAAACUCAAGCUUACACUCUUCAUCGGAAUGCGGACGUGUUCCCAAAUCCAUCGGAGUUUGACGAGUCGCGGUGGCUUGACCCGGCUGCACUCACGCCACAGCAGAAGAGCACUUUCUGCCCAUUUGGCGCCGGCUCGCGGGUCUGUAUCGGCCUGCACCUCGCCCGGAUGGAGAUCCGGAUGGGGGCUGCAGUCUUGUUCAGUCAGUGCCCUAGCUUAAAGGUAUCAAGCAGCACGACCGACUCAAUGAUGGAGAUGGAAAACUUUUUUGUCGUAGCGCCCAUUGGGCACCGUUGCGAGGUCACUUUGCAAUAG